AUGUCCAUAGCAAAGCUUUUCAGCAUAACGACAGGGGACUGUCCAUUCGAGGACCUGCUGCCAGCCGCGUUCCGAGACGACAACCUCACCUUCCACGCCCCACUCAGCGACAUCUCCCAAUUCCUCCACCAAGACCUCUCAGUCCAGCGCCUAAACGACAUCCAAAAAUGGCUCUGGCUAGCAGGUCGGCCCAUGCCACCCCGACCCCUGAACUACCAAAUUUCCGUCUCACGCCAAAUCAUCGUGGAUGAAAAAGUCGACAUGCAUCUCGUCUGGGGCCCCGCGCGCCGUAUCCACCUCAAACCCCUCCCAGCGUACCUCCUUGACUCGCGCUUCUGGUGCAAGCACCUAAACGAGAGUAGAAGCACAGCCGACGGACAGCAAAUGCCAAGUCGCAAUAAUCCCUGGCCGCACUCGGAGCUUGGCAAAUCCGCCUUGGGCUUUCUGAGCUCGUAUAUAGCGCUGAUUGAGCAUCGGAGUGAUUUCGCCAUCGCGAAACAGCACUGCCUACUCCCUGACUCACUGACGUGGGCGCAGUGGUCAGGUCUGGUGCGAACGCUGCUGCAGAACGAGCUCAUCACGCCGGAUAGUAUCAACCGUCGGUAUAGAUUUGGGGAACUGCGCCUCUCGCGAUUGAAUAAGAUAUACGUUUGUCAGAAAGGCAGCUUCCUGCGUGGGUAUAGGUCCAAGUAUCAGACGUACGAAGAGCUGUUCCUGGCGUAUUUGACCCCCAUCACGGCGAUGACGGUGUACUUUGCGCUCGUGUUGACUGCGAUGCAGGUUGGGCUGGCGACGGACAAGUUGCAGCAUAGCGGGGCGUUCCAGAAUGCGUCGUAUGGAUUUACGGUGUUUUCGAUCUUGGGACCACUCAUCCUUCUCUUUGCGGUAAUUGGGAUCGCGGUGGCGCAUAUGGGGGCGAAUAUACUGGCUACGCUGGUCUUCCGGAGGAAGAGAUCCAGUUUCUUUCGACGAUUGUAG